GUGCGUCCAGUACAUUUAAUUUACACGGGUAUCUUUCGUACUUAAAACACUACAUCUUUCUGUUUUUCGCUAGAAGUUAGGAAACUAUAGCAGUGUAAGUAGUCCUAUUUUAGAAUUGUCGUUUCGCUAAAUACGUAUAGUUUCACUGUCUUGAUGCAUAAAGAAUGGCAAACAUGCAAGGAAACCUUGACAAAGCUCCGUUAAGGAAUAAAUUCCUUUUGUUCGGAAAGUGGAGCGGAUCCCCGCGGAGCUGAACUUUUUUUCGGUUCCAGACGUGAUCGUGACUCAAUAACGAUCGAAUCUAAAUCCAUAAAUAGUAAAUGACAGUAUCAUCAGCCGUUCUGUAGAAAAAUAGACAUAAAAUUUUCGAUUUUUCUUUGUGUGUGUGUAUUACUAUGUUUUGAAGUAAAACAUGGCGUUUAGUGAGCAGAAAAGUUUAAGAAUAUCGACAUUGAAGAGGAAAUAGCACUGCUGCACGAAGCGACUUUAAAAGGUAACGAAGCAGAAAAAUAUUUUCAGUAGGGACGGACGGGUGCCGGUAUUAGUGCCGGUAGUUUAGAAAAUAUGGUGAUUAGUUUCAACAAUAUUAUAAUACUCUUAUAGAAUCUCACACUAUCUUGGUUUUCAUCGAUAAGUAUUUUGAAAUCUUUUGUAAUAGAAAGUUAUAUUGCCGUAUAGAUAGCCAUGAUUCCGUUCACCCACCUAUUGUGUUCGAAAGAAAAUAUUAAGUUGAAGUUUCAAUGAUUAAUGAAUGUAUUCGUAUAGGGAAGUAUAAUCAUGUGUAACAUUUAGUGCACCACUGGGUUUUUCUUGCGCUUUAUUUCGUUGAGUUGCGACUUAAAAUCUGUUCAUUUCAACAACAUAAGUUUUUCCAAUUUAGUUCAAUGACUUAUACAAAUGUCCUUGUUCUUGCUGUUCCAAUGCCAUUUUGUUUGUUAUAGUCAAUUUCUGAUUUCAGUAUCAUCUUCAUCAAAUCGAGAUAAUUAUUUCUUGUUUUUUCUUUCUCAUUUUUCUAACAGAAAUUGAUCUAGUCUUAUUAUAACCAGAUUUAAUAUUAUUAUACAGUUUCUUAUGUAUAAGAUAAAAAAAAGAAAUAGAAAGAGAAGAGAGAGAGAUACCAUAACUCUAGAACCCCACAUUGUGUAUUGUGUAUGUUCUGUUCUGUCGUCAAUAUAUACAUAUAUUCUAUUAGAAAAAACCGUUAUUUCUCAUUUUCUUUUUGUUCCCGUACCAGCAUUCUUUAGCAACCCUGCGUAGCAAGCAAAUAUUUAUUGAUCUUUUCUCAAUCAUCUUAAUCAUCGACAGCAACAACAACAAACAACAGAAAAAGUGUCGCGUGUAUAUGCUCUCUCUCACUCAAACACACCACUAUGAUAACAUAUUAUGCAAUGACGAAUUUUUCUUCUGUUCUUUCUUCUUUUUCUUGUACAUAUAUUAUAGAAGAACAAUUUCGCCUCCAAUCCUAGAAAUUAUUAUUCGCUUGAUGUCAUAAUACGAUACAAUAACGCAACAAUGGAACAAAAAGAAAAUGAGAAAUAACGGUUUUUUCUAAUAGAAUAUAUGUAUAUAUUGACGACAGAACAGAACAUACACAAUACACAAUGUGGGGUUCUAGAGUUAUGGUAUCUCUCUCUCUUCUCUUUCUAUUUCUUUUUUUUAUCUUAUACAUAAGAAACUGUAUAAUAAUAUUAAAUCUGGUUAUAAUAAGACUAGAUCAAUUUCUGUUAGAAAAAUGAGAAAGAAAAAACAAGAAAUAAUUAUCUCGAUUUGAUGAAGAUGAUACUGAAAUCAGAAAUUGACUAUAACAAACAAAAUGGCAUUGGAACAGCAAGAACAAGGACAUUUGUAUAAGUCAUUGAACUAAAUUGGAAAAACUUAUGUUGUUGAAAUGAACAGAUUUUAAGUCGCAACUCAACGAAAUAAAGCGCAAGAAAAACCCAGUGGUGCACUAAAUGUUACACAUGAUUAUACUUCCCUAUACGAAUACAUUCAUUAAUCAUUGAAACUUCAACUUAAUAUUUUCUUUCGAACACAAUAGGUGGGUGAACGGAAUCAUGGCUAUCUAUACGGCAAUAUAACUUUCUAUUACAAAAGAUUUCAAAAUACUUAUCGAUGAAAACCAAGAUAGUGUGAGAUUCUAUAAGAGUAUUAUAAUAUUGUUGAAACUAAUCACCAUAUUUUCUAAACUACCGGCACUAAUACCGGCACCCGUCCGUCCCUACUGAAAAUAUUUUUCUGCUUCGUUACCUUUUAAAGUCGCUUCGUGCAGCAGUGCUAUUUCCUCUUCAAUGUCGAUAUUCUUAAACUUUUCUGCUCACUAAACGCCAUGUUUUACUUCAAAACAUAGUAAUACACACACACAAAGAAAAAUCGAAAAUUUUAUGUCUAUUUUUCUACAGAACGGCUGAUGAUACUGUCAUUUACUAUUUAUGGAUUUAGAUUCGAUCGUUAUUGAGUCACGAUCACGUCUGGAACCGAAAAAAAGUUCAGCUCCGCGGGGAUCCGCUCCACUUUCCGAACAAAAGGAAUUUAUUCCUUAA